GCACCAACUCUGAUCUCUGUCCUAAACUCAUCUCGCCGCUGGAGCCACCUGGGCGAGGCAGAAGUCGCAGCAGUAGUGUACCCUUGUGGUUAAGUAAAAGUCGAUACGCUCCGGACAGAGAGAGGAAGCGCGAAAAGUAAUUCGGACGAGCAAACGAGACGGGAGAGGGGGAGAAGAGAAGCGGGCGACGACUACUACUGUUAGUGAGGCGGCCGCGACAUGCAAACGUCUUCUUCCGACGCCUCGUUGAUAUCGGACAAGUCGUCGACAUCCACCGAUACCCAGUCGGCUGCGACGAGGAGCACGGCGAGCAGCAGCAGCUCCUCCCUCGUCAGCACCAUUCCCGUGUCAGUCCCUGAUCCAGAGGCAGGCAAGUCGGCGGCGGCUACGACAACGACGACGACGGGAGCAGCAGCAGCAGCAGCAGCACCGGCGAAGAAGCAUCGAUCCGUCCGUUCCCUUACCCGGGAGUACGAGACGCAAACGUCUGAGGCGGCAUCGGCAGACGGCCCAACGGCCUUUCCCCUCUCCUCGUCGCCGCCCUCGGCCUCGUCGUCGGCCAACUCGCUCUCGCCCAUUAGGGAUCGCGAGCGGAGACCAUCAGCAGGCUCUUUUAGCAGUGCGCAUUCAAGGAAGCCCUCGGUGCUGUUGGCAAGCCCCAGCUACCCGUCCACCUUGGCCGUCAACGAGCCGCACGCCCACUACCAGCGACAGCGGACAAUCAGCGGCAACUCGAUCAGGUCCAAUUCCGGCGAGCUGGCGAGGACACCGAGCGUCCGACUGGCAAGCCCAAACUAUCCGAGCACCUUCCAACAGCAGCAGACCAGCCCCACCUCGCCACCCCAAAGCGUACAACCUCUGCCAACAAGGCCGAGCGUGACGACUUCGCUGAGCGCAGACAGCCUCUCCAACGGAGCCCUCUCCUCAUCGACGUCGAUGUCGGCCACACCGAGCGGGCGAUCGACGCCCAUGAUGCAUCGGAGAAAGAAAAGCAGCAAGGAUAUCAACCUGGCCAAUGGAGACGCAUCGGGCCACGACAUGCUCCCCACGCUCAGUGUUUCCUUUGAUGGAAGCGACGAACAACUGGACGAAAACGGCGCUGCUGGGUACGACAACGAUGACAAGAAGGUCGCAGCGAUGCACGAUGAUGACGACGAGGCCAUGGACGGCCUGGGCGAGCUGAGCGACAACGCCAGCCCCAAGAAGGCAAUGUCGGCAGCGGAGCGGAGAGAUCACUCGCGCAAGCACUCGAGGGUCCACAGCCGCAACUUGAGCGUAUUCUUCCCGAGGCCCGGCAGCGAGGCAGAGCGCGAGGCCGAUGAGAUUCGCGCAAACGACAACUUUGAUCGACAGCCGCACCGGAUCCAGACGACGGGUCUCGUGGCGCAGGACACCAGCAGCAGCGGCAGCAGUACUAGCGAAGGGUCAGCCUUGACAGCCAAUGGCCUGACCGUGCCUCUCGACGACGUAGGAGUGCCCGUGAGCCCGACAAAGUCACGGCGGGGCCAUCAUCGCAAACACAGCGUCAAUCACGCCUUGUUUGAUGGUGCCCAUCUCCAGGUGGGCCGAGGCGCCAGUGAUAUUCCACUGAACGACCUGUCCACGCCUUCGACGGCCGCGUCCCCGUGGACAGCUUUCUCGUUCUAUGAUGCGUCUGAUGAGCCGGCUCAUCAGCACCAUCACCAUCCUCAUCACCACCACGACGCGCAUACACACAGCCACACCCACGAGCAUGCAAAUGACAAGGUAGCGGCCGCCUUUCCCUCGUCGUCUUCGCUCCACGCCGCCCUGUCGGAGCCAUUGUGGGCGUCCCUUCCUGCUUCUCACCGACCGCUGUUCGUCUUUGGGCUUUCGCACUUUGCUCUUGGAGCCGCGCUCUGGGUCAGCGGGCAGUCUGGGGACAGCCUCUCCAUGACGGGCCUGGGCUACCUCGUCGUCUUUGAUGCCCUUGGCAUCCUCAGCAGCUGUGGCGCCGAAUGGUUCGGCGAGUCUUGGAAGAGGCAAAGAGAACGCAAGGCGUUGAAGCGUGGAGCGAAAAGAGAUCAUUCUUCUUCACGGGUUGAUGAGCUGCGACGACCGUAUGGCUCGCACCGGGUCGAGACGCUGCUUUACUUUGUCCAGUCCAUCUACCUUCUCUUUGCGUCGGUCUACGUCUGCAAAGAGUCGAUCGAGCAUGCGCUCCUCGAAGGCUCCGAAGAGCAUCACGAGGAGGACGACGUGGGCCUCGUCCUGCCGACAGUCAUGCUCGUUCUCGCCACGGCCGUCUCCCUCUUCAGCAACCUCGUCUUGCACAACCAUGCCAAGCUCGUCGCCGCCUGCGGCAUCUCCACGGCUGCUUCCGAGGCUGCGUCUUCGUCACCGCUCUCGGCGCGAAGCCGUCGGAGAGGCCACGGACGCGCAGGCUCGGUCCUCGUCGAUCCAAAGGCGCUUGCAGGACCCUUUCUGCACCUCAUCUCGAAUCCAUUCAGCCUGACGGUGCUCUUCUUCUCCACUGUGCUGGCCCUCGCGAGCAUAAUCAUGCCUCCCUUCCAAGUGGCCGCCCUCGACAAGGUCCUGGCAGGCAUGGAGAGCGCGGCGAUGGCCUAUGUUGCCUGGCCUGCAAGCAAGGCGCUCGGCAAAGUGCUCCUCCAGACAGCACCGAGCGUGGUGGCACCCCUCAAUGUCCACCUCAAUCGCACCAUCAAGACCAUCGAGGACCACCGGCUCGUCACUUACGUGGCCCCUCCCAAUCUCUGGCAGCUCACGCCGCCCACCUCGGCUCUAUCUGCAGGAGCCGCCGUUGGUCUUGGGUCGUCUGCGAACGGAAACAUAGCUCACGCCUCGCCGUCAAAGCUGACGUCCAUUCUGCCCGCCAGCAGCGGACUGGUGGGAGGCGCAGGCGCCAGUCGGACAGCCAAGCACGCAGCCCUGGUUGCCACUCUGAAGAUCUUUAUCAAGGACGAGGCCACCGACGACGACGUCCUCGACGUGACGAGGUGGGCCUGGCAACUGGCCGCGCCGUCUGUCGGUGCAGGAGCUGGGCUCAAGCCCGGCGAUACCCUUCGAGGCUCCAUUCGCGCGGGCGAGCUCAUCGUCGAGGUGCAGCGAGAGGGCGCUCGGGACCGGUUCCUGGCCUCGGCCAAGGACAAGUACGGGGGCCAUCAUCACCAUCACCACGAUCACGAACAUCACGGCCAUGGUCACUCGCAUGAACAUGACGAUCACCACCACCAGGAUCAUCACCAUGACCACGGUCACUCGCAUGGACAUGACCAUCACCAUGACCACGCGGGUCACUCGCAUUCCUCCCACGCUCAUCACAGCCACUCCCACCAUGACCAUUCGGCGCACGGGCACAACGGUCAUUCCCACCACCACGAUCACUCGCAACCUAGUCACUCUGAACACCAGCACUCGCCUCACAGUCAUUCCCAUCAUCACGAAGACAACCACCUUCACGCAGCCGUCCCCAUCUCGACCGGUCCUCAGCACCAGCAGCAUCUUCACAACAAUCAUAGUCACCAUCACUAGACUCUUCAUCAUUCCUCCCCAUCUUCUCUCUUCUUUAUUCCCGGACAUUGUUGCUCUGAUCUUUCCUUG